AUGGGCUGUGUCACUUACAGCAAAGAGCUGCAGAAAGUCCCUGACUGUCUCUGUCGCCUGCGCCUUCACCCGGUUCAGAGGGGAGUCCAGCGGGGAUCCGCGUAUCUGCGGGCGCGCGGGACCCACGCCUCCCGGAAACUGCCCCGCCUCCCCGCGCCCGCCCUGCGCACCGCCCUCGGCUGGUGUGCACUGGUUUCUGGGCCGGUGUCUCCGAAGUCCCUAGGACGUCUGGAUCGGCGCGGGGAGCUGUUCUCUCGCACCAUGGCCGGAGCUGCGGGGCCGCUGCUGACGCUGCUGCUGCUGCUGCUGCUGUGGCCUUCCUGGGCGCCCGCCGAGGCAAGCACCCAGUCCUUCGAGGUGCGGGUGCUCCCCGAGGUGCGCGGCUUCCUGGACCACAACGCCACGCUGCAGUGUAAGGUGCACACACAGGAGGACGACCUGCAGGUGACGCUGGUGACGUGGCAGCGGCAGGACGCCACGGGGGCCUCCCGCACCGUGGCCGUCUUCCACCCGACCCAGGGCAGCAGCUUCCCCGAGAGCGGGCGGCUGCAGUUCGUGGCCGCCAGGCCCGGCGAGAAGCUGCGGGACGCGUCGCUGGUGGUGUUGGGGCUGCGCGCCGCGGACGAGGCGAACUACACCUGCCACAUCGCCACGUUCCCGCAGGGCAGCAAGAGCGCCCGCACCUGGCUCCGCGUGCUGGCCAAGCCCCAGAACAAGGCUGAGACGGAGGAGGUCCCGCUCCACCUGCUCGGCCAGGAGCUUGUGCCUGUGGCCCGCUGCAUGUCCAUGGCCGGCCGCCCACCUGCCCGAAUCUCCUGGUCCUCGGACAUGAAGGACAAUAAGAGCCAGGAGCCGGGAACCCUGCCCGGCACAUUCAACAUUGUCAGCCUCCUAAUCUUAGCACCCUCGAGCCAGGUGGACGGCACAAAUGUCAGCUGCACAGUGGAGCACGAGACCUUCGAGAAACCCGUCCUGCUGUCUGUGAUCCUCAGCGUGCCCUACCCCCCAGAGGUCUCCAUCUCGGGCUAUGAUGACGACUGGUACGUCGGCCGCAGUGACGCUGCCCUGCGUUGUGACGUCCGCAGCAAGCCAGAGCCCACAGACUAUGUCUGGAGCACGGCCACGGGUCCCCUGCCACCCUCUGCCAUCGCCCAGGGCCCCCAGCUCCUGAUCCAUCCCGUGGACGAGGCCAUCAACACGACUUUCAUCUGCAGUGCCACCAAUGCCCUAGGGACAGGCAAGGCAGAGCAGACUGUCCUGCUCAGAGGAGAACGUCCCAAGGAUCAGUCCUCUGCGGACAACCAUUUAUUUGCAAUCCUGAUCCCAGUCCUGGUUGGUCUGGUUGGUCUGGGGUUCCUGAUUUAUUUCCUACGGUCCAGAUUCUCCUGUCGGAACCGAGGCAGCCCCUCCGAAAACAAUGAAGUCUCCUAUUCCGCUGUCAACUCCGAGGCCAGCUCUCCCCAGGACCUGCAGGCAGUCAGCACAGGGUGACGGCUUCUGGACUGAAUGGAGAGAGACCGCAGCCAGUGAGAACGAGGGCCUUGCAGCUGGACCCCCGCCGCAGUGGGUAAAGUCUCUCUCCAAAGAAACAGACCACCGUCUCGGCACCAGACUUCAGGACGCCCCCUCUGUGUUGCAAGGCAGCAGGCGGGUGUCUGUUCAGAGACCCCAGAGCCCCCUCAGGCUCGGCGUACUCACUAAAGACUCCCAGAACUCAGGGUCGGUGCCACACUCCGGGUCACGGUUCAGUGAGGUUCGUGUCAGCAAUGUGACACGGUGGGAGGAACCCGGCCUGCGCACCCAGCUGUCCGCUCCCGGGGGAGCCACAGGACAGCACUUUCUUCUCCCAGGAACGACGUGUGACAACAUACAGGCUUCCACCAACUGGGAAAACUCAUCUCAGGCUCGGCUUCCAGAGCUCCCGUUAGGGGUCAGUCAAGCUGACAUAGCCAACCUUAGUGUCAAGCACCCCCGCAGGUGACCCAGGUGUGGUGGCCUGGGGCCAUCAUAAAUCUCUGGAAACAAGAGCCACUAUCAGCCAAGACACCGCAAGAACUCAGAGGUUAUCUCCCGUGACAAAAGGUCAAAUCUCUCUCUGGGCAAAAUCAAUCUUUUCCUGCACUGCGGGGUCACGGGGUCACACUGGAUGUUCCAACUGCCGGAGAAUUUUGAUGAGACUUUUUACCUUUGGCCUUGAGCUUCCGAAUCUCCACGUCAGUCGAAUUUUUGUGGCUCCAAAAAAACAGCCGCUGUGACGCGUCACCAAGGAGAGAGCCAGAGGCUGGGACACAACUGCCUGGGGCUGUUCCAGGAGCAGGAGGAACUUGUAGAUGUGAAUUUGGAGGUUAGCAGCUCCGGGCACCUCCUUCAGAGGAGAGCAUCUGUCACCAGCUGGCUGGAGUUGACAGGACCCCAGGACAGGGGUGCCAGUAACCCACUAAGGAAAGCAGAUGUCUGUUCCCGAAAGGUAGAGGAAGAGGUGCCCGGGGAGCCGCUGUGCCCAACACACGCCCCCCAGAGCAGAACGGACCGGCCCGAGACCAGGAGGCAGAGCUGCCCAGCCUGACGCGCUCCCUUUGAAAGGGUCUGUGAUCAUCAGAAUUCCUCUCAGAGUGACAGCUGUGUGCUGGGGAAUGUAACUCAGGGAGGUGACACCUCGGGCUGGGAUGCUGAACCGGAGAGCGAGGCGUGAGCUGCUGUGCUAGGAAAACCUGGAAGGAUUUGGGACUGGCUCUGGGCAGAAGCGGGAGAGUGUGGGGCUGGGGAAGAGACAGGACCCAGCGGGAUGGUGAGGGUGAGGGUUUCUGGGGGUGGCCAGGCCAGUGGGACCCCCGCAGUGUCGAGGACAAGGGGGAAGACUAGCGGCUUUGCUGCCAUGUAAAAAACCCUGCGUCCGUCCCCAGCCCCCAGACAGUGGGCUGUUACCGUGUGGGAUGGACCCGGAGAGAUGGAAGCAAGACCCUGAAUUGGGAAGGUCACAAGGUGGACACGUGUCCCCAGGGUUCUCAGACACUGUGCAGAGAGCUCGCCUGAUUCCUAUUUAUUUAUUUAUUUAUUUUUAGAAAGAGGGGGCGGGAGGGAGAAGGAAGGAGAGAAACAUGAAAUGAGAAAGAAACACAGACCGCCUUUCCUCCACGCCCGGACUGGGGAUGGAACCUGUGACCCUGGUGGGGCAUCAGACCGGCUGCCUUGCAGUUUGCAGGAUGACACCCGACUGACUUGAGCCACACCGGCCGGGACUCUCUUUUUGAUUCUUUUAACUACGGAACACGUAGCCAUCUGCAAAUCUACAAUCAUAAAAAGACAUCAGGGGGCCCCUCUGCGUUCAUUUCUGUGUAGGGCAAAGGGAAGGGUCCAGCUUCCUUCUUAUUCAGGGGGACGCCCAGUUUUGCAGAACACUUGAAUGUCACUAGUGCCGUGAAAUUAUACACUUAAAAGUGGCUAAAGUGGCAGAUUUUUGUCAUCUCUCCCCCCACACACAAUUUUUUAAACCGUUUCAUGCAACGCUUCGAAAUCAUUCAAUGGUACGCUUUGGGGGACUAUUACCACAAACUUAGCGGCUUGAAAAACAUGAAACAAUUUCUCUUAAAGUUCUGGAAAUCCGAAGUCCAAAAUGGGUCUCACCGAGCUAAAAUCAAGCUGUGGGCAGCUGGCUCCUCCCUCAGGACAGGACCCUUCCCUGGCCUCUCCAGCCUGUGUACCUGGGUGUGCAGCCCACGCGCACAGCCAUCCCCGCCCCCGACUCUCUCUCCCUGGUCAGGGAGAGGGUGCUGCCUCCCUCCUUCCCCAGCCAGGGCCCUGUGACUUCUCUGCCCAUCCAGCUCAUCCACGAUAACUCCCCACACGAGGCCCUUCACGCCAUCACAUCUGCAAAGCCUCUGCUGCUGUGAGAUAGCAUGUUCAGAGGUUCCUGGGAUGGGGACCCAGAUGGCUUUGGGGGCCCAUUAUUAUUUGCCACCCCCACCCAGGGCCCCUGUCCCACCGCCGAUGAGCAUAGCGCUGCCUCCUGGCGAGUUUAGGUACAACAGUGUGCACUAGUCUGUGCCCGCGAGGCAACGUCUCGCACUCCGCCCUGCACCUUGGUUCCCUCGCUGGAGGCUCCUGGAAGGUCAGAGGGCGUCUUUCAGCCCUUUCACAGCCGCCACGUGGACUUUUUCCACCAGGCCCCUGGGGACGGGCGUUCGUGUGGUUUCUGCCCUUUUACAAUCACAGCGUCCUAGUGACUGUCACUGAGCGUGGGUGUGGGGACCCACUGGAGGCGCAACUGCCGAGUUGAUAUUGACUCGGUAGACAUUGACAGACCGUGUCUCGUAGGAGUGGAACUGAUUGAUCUCUGUUCCCACCAGCAGUGGACGUGACGGCCUGUGUUUUGGGGAAGAAGCUGUGGGCGCCGCAGCAGCGGAGUGGCCCAGAAUUUGGGUUUAGGUGUUGUACGGCUUCACGUAACACUGACAAAACCACAAGUACAGGUAUGAGAGGAGGGAAGGGAGAGGGCGUGGUGCAGGUCACGUAGAGGCUGCAAGGGCACCCCCACCCCUGCACUGUUCUGCGCCCAGUGAGUGGGGGCGGGGUCUGAGCAGACAUUCGCCCGCUGUGAGUGGCUGUGAGGUUCCAGAAGCCUCUGCGGUGAGGACCUCUCUGGGUGAGCAUGCGUGUGCUACCGAAAUCUGACUUACUAAAAAACAAUGUUGCCUCAGCCCGAGUGGCUCAGUCGGUUGGAGCGUCGUUCCACAACCUUUUGACCAUGGGUUCGAUUCCCAGUCAGGGGGUAUACCUAAAUUUCGAGUCUAAUCCCCAGUCUGGGCAUGAACGGGAGGCAACCAUUGAUGUUUCUUUCUCUCCCUCCCUCCCUUCCCCUGUCUCUACAAAGCAGUGAAAAAGUGUCCCCAGGUGAAGAUUAAGUAAAUUACAAAACCAAUGAGGUGACCCAAAAAUUACACUCCUAGGUAGAUCCCCAAAAUGAUUGACUACCCAAAUAAAUUCAUGGACGCAGACGCUCAUAGCAGCACUCUGUACCUCAGUCAAAACGUAGAGACAGCCCAGGGGGAUCAGUGGCUCAAUGGAUGAACAACCCGUGCUCCAACCACACAACGCAACACUAUUCAACCACAAAACCGACCCGCACUACAACAUGGGUGAACCUUGAGAGAACACCGUGCUGAGUGAAAGAAGACAGACACCAAAGGCCACACGUCGUGGAAUUCCGUCUACAAGAAGUGUCUGAUAUAGGCAAACCCAUAAAGACAGAAAGGAGCUUAGUGGGUGCCAGGUUUCCUUCCGGGGAGAUAAACUAUGUUGUAGAAAUAGCAGUGGGGAUGGUCCCACGACACUGGGAAUGUGCCAAGUGCCACUGGACUGUGUGCUUUAAAGAAGCUCAAAUUCUAAGUUUGGUAUGUGUUUUACCACAAUAAAAAAAAGUU